GUAGUAGUAGUAGUAGUGAAGAAAGAAGUGAGAACCAACUUUCCAUAUUUUUCGAGUCUAUAGGGUUUCUUUUUCUUCUUCUUCUUCUUCUCUCCAAUGGCGGAAGAAUCGCAAUAUGAAACUUCCACCACUCCUCCCUCGUUGAAGCGCAAGUACGACGACCAACAACCACCGCCCUCCGCCCGCCAAAGCGGUUUUUCCUCCCCUGACGCCCCCCCUCCACCGUCAUACAACAGCGUCCCUCCGCCGGCCCCCUCUGGCAUCGAGCUCGCCAAGCAGCGUGCACAGGAGGUCGCCGCCCGCCUCCUUAGCGGCGCCCCACCCCCCGCAGCCACGGGUCUCGAUGUCAAGCGUCCCAAGGUCGAUAACGGCACAGCUCCUCCCUCGGGUUUCGAUUCCAUGGGUGAUGUGAAGGCUCAGUACUCGGUCCCUACCAUUUCUCCUUCUGCGGUUUCUUAUGGGUACCAGGGUGCGAGCAAGAAGAUUGAUAUCCCCAAUGGAAGGGUGGGUGUUAUUAUUGGCAAGGGUGGUGAGACCAUCAAGUACCUUCAGCUCCAAUCUGGGGCAAAAAUUCAGGUUACCCGUGACAUGGAUGCUGACCCCAAUUUGCCCACUAGGACAGUUGAGCUUACGGGCACUUCUGAAGCCAUUGCUACUGCUGAGAAGCUCAUCAAUGAAGUUCUUGCUGAGGCCGAAUCCGGAGGUUCUGGCAUUGUUGCUAGACGAGUAGCUGGACAAGCUGGUUCUGAUGAAUUUGUGAUGAAGAUCCCAAAUAACAAGGUUGGCCUUAUAAUCGGUAAAGGUGGGGAAACAAUCAAGAAUAUGCAAGCUUCGACUGGUGCAAGAAUUCAGGUGAUUCCUCUUCAUCUUCCCCCCGGUGACACAUCCACAGAAAGAACAUUAAAAGUUGAAGGGACACCUGAACAAAUUGAGUCUGCAAAACAGUUGGUUAAUCAAGUCAUCAGUGGUGAGAAUCGUCUUAGAAAUCCAGCAAUGACUGGUGGUUAUGCUCAGCAAGGUUACCAAUCCCGGCCACCAUCUAGCUGGGGUCCUCCCGGUGCUCCCAUGCAGCAAGCUGGUUAUGGUUACGUGCAGCCCGGUGGCUACUCUGGUCCAACAGGCCAGUAUAACCAGCAACCAUAUGCAGGCUAUCCACCUGCUUCAUCUGGUGGAUACUCCACCAAUUGGGACCAGUCCUCCGCACCACCAGCCCAGCAGUCUACUCAUGGUGCUGGGUAUGAUUACUAUGGUCAACAGCAGCAAAAUCCUGGCGGUGCACCUCCUGCUGAUGGGAGUGGUUACAAUUAUAGUCAACCACCUUCCUCUAGUUAUAACCAACCUGGGCAUGGCUAUUCUCAAGAUGGCUAUGGUGGGUAUCAUGCACCACCGCAAUCAGGGUAUGGGCAGCAACCAUCAUAUGAUCAACAGCAAGGUUAUGGCUCAGCCCCUAGCUAUGGCAGUGGAAGCAACACAGCACAAGAGGGCCACGCUCCUAAUUAUGGAUCACAUGGUGAUUCAACCCAAGUUCCACCUGUGCAGCCCUCUUCAACGUCUCAGCAAGGUUAUGGUUCUGGCCAACAGCCAAGUCCAAAUGCUGCCAACUAUCCUCCACAAGGAACUGCUCAGCCUGGCUAUGGGGUGCCCCCGACUUCCCAAGCAGGGUAUGGAAAUCCACCUCCCCAAUCUGGUUAUGGAGGUGGCUAUGGUCCCCCACCACAGUCGCAAAAGCCGGGUGGUACACCACCUGCCCAGCCACUACCUUACGGUCAACAGGAACCAGGGUCUCAAAGGGCUCCACCAACUGGUUAUGGCAGUGCAGGACAACCAGGGUAUGGUCCCCCAUAUGGUGCUCCAGGUGGUCAACCUGGAUAUGGUCAGCCUCCGACAUCAUACAGCAACAGUUAUGCUUCUGGUUACCCUCAGCCUCCGGCAUAUUCUGGUGAUGGUAAUGCAGGAGCACCUGCGCAGGCUGCUCAACAGGGAAGUGUUCCUAAAACUUCACCUGAGAGUUGAUAUUGUAGUUUUGAUAACUUUGGUACUUAUGGAUUGAGGACUAGUACUGGUAGUUUAUCUUGUUUUAGUGAUAUUGACAUAGGCAUUGUUGAGUUGACAAUAGCAUGGCCGCCUGUUAUCUUUUGAGAUUAUU